UUUUUUUGAGAGUACGGAACGGUUCCAAAUAUGGCGAUUUUUAUCCAUUCGUUCUUGUCAUUUUUGCUGUGAUGCUUGCUUUUGUGUAAAACUAGUGUUUUGUUGCGUUAAAAAUGGCUGACACCGGUCUACGUAUGAAUUUUGCUGCAUUGAAGAGGGCAGAUCCAUACGCGCGAGAAAUAAUUGACAGUGCUACCCACGUUGCACUUUAUACAUUUGAAGAGAACGAAUGGGAGAAAACGAACAUCGAAGGAGCUUUGUUUGUGUACAGUAGGAAUGGAGAACCGUAUCACAGUUUGGUGAUUAUGAACAGAUUGAAUACGAACAACCUAAUCGAACCUGUAUCGAAAGGAAUAGAAUUACAAUUAAAGGAACCUUUCCUAUUAUAUCGGAACGCCAAGUGUUGUAUUUACGGCAUAUGGUUCUACGAUAAAGACGAGUGCGUUCGAGUGGCGACGAAACUCAAUUCUUUGGUUAAGGAGUCUAUUAAACAAGCACCCGCCGAGAACAUGCCGCAUACGCCUGCGUACAGUUCCACGCCUUCUAACCCUCCGGUGGAUAUUUUCAGCAUGUUGAGCAAGGCGCAGGACGACUUUAAUUCCAACAAGGGUCUCGUGGUGAACAAAAGUGAGGCAUCGUCGGCGCGGGCGCCGGAUAUGGCGUCACAGAGCGUGAUGGACUUCUUUGCGAAGGCGGGUGGAGGUGGUGCAGUACAAAUGCCCGCCGUGUCGUCACUGCCGUCGCCGGGAAUUUUCGGACCGCGGCAGCCGGACUCGCGGGAAGCCCCCGGUCUGCUCCAAAGGCUUAUGAGCAACCCUGCUCACUCCGUCGAACAUAUAGAAAAACAGCAGCGCUCGGUCACACCUCAAGAGGUACAUGCUAAUGGUAACAUCUCUCUGGAUACCUCAUUGAGACAACCUAGUGGGUUCCAGUUGAAGUCUACCCCCAUUGAGAAUAAUAGUCAAUCUCAAAACCAGCAAAGGAUACCGGGCAUCCAGAAGGGUCAGUUGCUAAGUGGGUUAGAUACAAAUGGGCCUAUUACAUUGGAGAAUGAAUUAAAUCUUAUGCAUAUGUCUUCUCCUAAGCCAACAUCUCCACCGGCUGCUUAUUUGAACCAAUCACAAGACAUCAGUUAUUUAGAGAAGGGCAUUUUCCCACUGAAUAACUCUCUACCGAUGCAGUCUAAGCCGGCAUUAAUGCCUCCAACAAUGUUCACGGCCACUGUAGGAGAUGUGCAUCCUUCACCUGAACCACUGACGAGGAAUCAGCUUCUGCAAGCCUUCAAUUACCUACUAAAGCACGACUCUGAUUUUGUCAACAAGCUUCAUGAAGCCUAUGUGAAAUCCUUCUCAGAGAAGACAUUCUCUGUGUCAUAAAGAUUCAUUCUUUCUGACUAGCAACUGUUAUUGCCAGUUGCUGUUGUACAUUUGCUAAUCAAAGUAUAAAGGUUGAGGUACAUGUAUCAUGAUUUAACUAAACAUGGAUUACUAUUUCACCUUGUAUUUGCAAACAUAUACUAUAAAGUGUGUGUGGAAGUACACAUUAGAUUAAACCCAGUUGUGGCUACUUUCUGUUUAAAAGUGUUGAUCAUUCUGCAUGUACUCAAACCAUAAAUCCUUUGAAAUAUGUAGAUUCCUAGUUUUGUAGACACUCCUUUGUUUGAACAGACUUCGUAAAUAAGUUUUAACACUUUGACUGUCAUUUAUACCUGUAUAAAGAAUGAAUUUUAGUGACAUGCUUUAAUCUGAGUCAUGUAAAUUAUUUCUUGAAAAGCUAUUUGUGAUAUUUAUAUUGGCUCCUUAGGUUACAGCAAAAUCUUAAAAUUGCAUCUUAACUUUCAUUAUCUAGUUUAGUUUAACUAAGUUAGUUCAUUGCAAUAUUAAAAUAGUCCAGGAAAAAAAGAAUUUCAAUGACAAUACUUAUUUUUCUAAGGUAUUUUAUCUGUAAUGGAUGUUAAAAACUUUAUUAGAAUAUUUUGUUUGUUGCAAUGGACUUGAGUAAGGACAUCCUUUUGAAGAUAGUUAUUUCUUUGUAAUAAGGACUGCAAACAUUGCUAUAACUUUACAAAAAGUAUUUGUUACUUCACCUUAGUAGUUUAUGUAUCAGUUCUAGCUUUACUUGUGUUUAAAAUUUAGUAGUAAUCUAGAAUGAUCAUAAUCUCGAUAUUUAACUUCUUCAAUACUGUAAUUUGUGUAAUCUUUUGUAUUACAGGGAAAAUCAGAUUCUAAUCGGUU